CUGAAAAUUGCGUUUUCUUUCUCUAGGGAUCUUUCCAAUAACAAGAUCAGUGGUUUAGAUGUUCAGCUAUUCGAAAGCCUGACUUCUCUGGCAAAACUAGAUAUAAGCCACAACAAGAUUUCUACAUUAGAAGAUGGAAUAUUUGAUAAUUUAUUUAAUUUAAGUGAAAUAAACUUAAGUUGGAAUCCAUUUGUUUGUGACUGCAAACUUUCCUGGUUGCCCCGGUGGGUGGAAGACAGAAACGUGAAAGUUAUUCAGGCGUCAGAUACAAGAUGCGCCCACCCUUCUGAGAUGGCAAACCUUUCCCUCUUCGAUGUCUUGUUCAUCAAUGCUACUUGCGGAGCUCAAUUCGUAACAUGUCUGACAAGCAACCACACAGAAGGGGUUGAACUUGUCAUCCUCUUCACCUCUGUUCACCCUGGGAACCUCACCGAGGAGACCUGCAGUGCCCUCUGUUAUGCCGAAGACCAGGAAUAUGGAGGUUUCAGCAGCCAGGGGCAGUGUUUGUGUGGUACUGCCCAUGAAACAAACUCUUCCUCCGGUUGUUUGCCAUUUUGCACUGAGCAUUUGUCCGGGCAGGCCUGUGGUGGCCCAUCACUCAUCCCCUCUCCCUUCCAGGCACAGCUACCUGUGUCUUUCACAGGACUCCAGCCCUGGUACAGCCUGCACCAGGACGUGCUCUUCAAUGUCAGUAUUCCCAUUGCUGCCAGCACUUUACUGUGGGAAUUUGGGGACCAGACAGAGGUUCUCAACACCACUGGAAACGCAGCUGUCCACAUGUAUGCCUUACCUGGGCGGUACAAUGUCACUGCCACCAUCUUCGUGGGCACCAAGGUCUUAUACGUGCAGGCAGAAAUUGAGGUGGUAGCUUUACCCCAGCAGUUAGAACUGCAGUGUCCUUCCUUGGUCAAGACGAAUGAGAGUCUCGACAUACGGAUCCGCAACAGAGGUGGCACUGGCCUCACGGUGUUGUACGGUAUCACUGCAGAGGCUGGAGAGCUGGGCAGAGCAGUUCACCCCAUGUGUCCCCCUGAUGGCUUAGUUUUCCCGGGCAAUAACCACUGCUAUCAGCUGGUGGUGGAGAAGGCUGAGUGGCUGGAGGCCCAGCAGCACUGCCAGCAGCACGGCAAUGGAGAGCUGGCUUUUGUGAGCAGCCCCGAGAUCCAGAGCUUCUUGGUCGCUCAUGUCAUCAGGAGCCUUGAUGUCUGGAUUGGAUUCAAUGAUUUUGCAAGCACUGGAGCGCAGCAAAGAGGUGAAGGAUUUAAUCUGGAGAGCUGUCAGAACUGGCUGCCAGGAGAACCCCAUCCGUCAAACGCUGACCACUGUGUCCGGAUGGGCCCAACGGGCCAGUGUAACACAGACCUGUGCAUGGCCAAGCACAGCUACGUCUGCGAGUACAAGCCGAAAGGAGUUCUCUUAAACGCUGAAAACUUCUUUGUGGGCAACCCUGUGUUUGACACACAUGAGGCUGUGAAAAAUGUGACGGAAGAUGUGCUGUCAGCUCCAUGGCAAGCUGUGGAGGUGAUGGUGUUCCCUGAGCUGGCAUUCAGGCACGAGGGGUAUUUGACUGCCCUGGAGUUUGUGACCCAGGAACUGCAUCAGCCCGUUCAAGUGAGGUUCCAGGUGCAUAGACCGAUAGAUGGAGAAGACUACCAGGAGGGAAAAAACGCUACAGAACAAUUCCAAGCUGCUCCGGAUGAUGGGAACUGGACUCUACUUGAAUGUCCUCCUGGUUUCCAGUGGUGUCAUUUGACUAAUUUGUGCUCGUCACUAAACAACUGCUGCAACGUGACUGAGUGUGCCAACAGUUCUCUUGCCAGCAGCCCUGCCCCCGUUUCCCUUCAGCACAAUGAAAGCCAGCUCAGCUAUGAACUCAUCAAGGAAUUUCUCUUUAUGAUACCAGCUGGCCCUUCUUCCCAGUAUCUGGUCACAUUCAGAAAAGAAAGUAUUUUUGUCAGGGCCAAGGACAUCUUCAGUAUCCAACAUGACGCAGGCUCGGGCUUACUCCUCCAGUGCCAGCCAAGUACCAUAUCCCCUUACAGAACUAGUGUCUUAAGCAUAAACUCUUCAGAGUGGGCACUUGGCCUGUCUGACAGCUCCAUCGGUGCCACCUGGAUAAACGAGACUGUUUGCUCUCUCCGAGUUCGCUAUGCCGAGGAACAGCUUGCCCCGGUGAUCAGCCCCCACAACGCAGGGCUGGAACAUCCAGGUCGCUACACAGUCAGAGCCAGCGUGGACAACGGGGUCUUCAGCACCAAUCUGUCUUGCAGGUUCUGGGUGACUUCCUGGGUGUCAGGCCUGCGUGUCAUCCAUCCCGCUCCUCAAGGCAGCAGGGUGUACCUACCAUCCAACCACACCACCCUGGUCGUCAAACUCUCCUCAGGGGUGAACGCGACAGCAAGCUGGCUGGGAGACAACCACACCUUCCCGUUUGAGGGGUCCUGCCCAGCGGCUGUUGCAGUGGCAGACUGUGCCAGGGAGACCAAUGACACCUGGUUUGCUGUGGUCAACCUGAGCGGUCUCAGGGAGGGGGUGAGCACCCACGUGCUUGUUGCGGAGAAUGCCGUGAGCUCCCAGAACAUCACCGUCACAGUGAAAGUGGAGGAGCCCAUCCGUGGGCUGCGGGCCACCCCUGACCCCGAGAGCAGAGUCCUGCUAAAUACACGAGUGAGCUACGUCCCUGUGAUGGAAGCUGGGUCAGAUGUGACUUUCCGAUGGACAGUAGAUGAUAAGCCAUCUUUCACUUUUUACAAUGUUGUCUUCAACGUUAUCUACCAAAGCCCAGCUGUGUACAAGCUUUCGCUCACCGCCUCCAACCACGUCAGUAACUUUACAGUCAAUUACAAUGUCACAGUGGAGAUGAUGAAUAAGAUGAAGAACCUGACUGUGUUGGGUGUCCUGCCGGUCCUCCCUCAGAACAGCACCGUGGAGCUUACAGCGAGAGUUCAGGUUGAUUCAGCUGUGGAUGCUAUGUUCCUGUGGGAUUUUGGAGAUGGUGUCCAGGAGACAUACCUGUUCAGACCUCCCUACAACAAGUCUUUCCUUGUUCCUGAUCCCAGUGUCCAUGAGGUUGUAAUUGAGCACAAUGUUUCGCAUGUCUAUGAAGACUCAGGUGAAUAUGCCCUGAUGGUUCUUGUGUCAAACCAGUUUGAGAACCUCACCCACUUGACCCCAGUUCACAUCCACAGUUAUCUGACUGAUGUGAAGAUGGAAGUAGAGGAGGAUGUUUUAGUUGUGAGCCGUCCAGUCACCUUCAGAGCCAAUCCAUUGCCAUCUCCUUAUGGCGUUGUGUACACCUGGGACUUCGGGGAUGGGUCCUCACUGUUCACAGAGAGCCAGUUUACAGCAACAUACAGCUACUCCAGAAGAGGGGUAUACAACAUCACCGUGACAGCAAACAAUACCAUAAGCAGUGUGGAGACCGUUGAGUGCUACCAAGUGUUUGAAGAGAUAACUGGGCUCCAUGUUUCUGCAGAUGAGGCAGCAGAGCUGGGAGCAUCUGUGACCAUUAACGCUUCAGUGCAGACGGGGGACAGUAUCACCUGGAUAUUUGAUAUGGGGGAUGGGACGGUGCUGCGGAGUCAGGUACCAGUGGUAGAACAUGUGUACAUAAAGGACAUCAACUGCACGGUGAACGUGACGGCUGUGAAUCCUGUGAACUCUGUCUCCCAAACUGUGUCCGUUCGGAUAUUUGUCCUGGAAGUACUCAAAAUAGAGCCUACUUCUUGCAUCCUUGAGCACCCAGAUGUGCAGCUCACUGCGUAUGUGACGGGGAAUCCUGAUGAAUACGUCUUUGAUUGGACCUUCGGAGAUGGCUCGUCCAAUGUCACAGUCAAUGGGGACCCCAUGGUGAUGCACAACUUCACCCGCAGUGGAACAUUCCCCCUCUCCCUGACUCUCUCCAGCAGAUUUAACAAGGCUCACUAUUUCACCAGUGUCUGUGUGGAGCCGGAGAUAGUCAAUGUCACCCUUCUCCCUUCCAAACAGUUUGUGAGGCUUGGUGAGGAGAUCAGCUUCCAAGUCGGUGCCGUGCCUCUCUACCAGUACCGCUACCGCUGGGAUUUCGGGAACAAUGAGUCCACAAGAUCGAGUGGGACUGAAGUGACCUACACCUACAAGAACACAGGGGUUUUCCUGGUCACGGUGACCGUCUCCAACAAUGUCUCUUUCAACAAUGACACAGCGUUUGUGGAAGUCCAGGAACCAGUUGGGAUAGCAAAGAUAGAGUAUAACGGGACAAGUGUUUUGGAGCUGAACCAGAUCUACCUGUUCUCUGCCAGCAUGAAUGGAACCAAAGUGAGUUACUGUUGGGACUUUGGAGAUGGCACUACCCAGCCGGGCCAAAUCGCUACCCACUCCUACAACAACACAGGCCAUUACACAAUUAGUGUGAUGGGCCAGAAUGAUGUGAGCUUUAAUGAGACCAUCAUCGACAUCACAGUGAAACGUCGGCUCCAUGGGCUGACCAUCAAUGCCAGCAGGACAGUGGUGCCAUUAAAUGGUUCGGUGAGUUUUGUGGCCACUCUUGUCACUGGCAGUGCCAUCCGCUACUCGUGGAUCCUCUGUGACCGGUGCACUCCUAUCCAAGGUUCCUCCACAAUUUCCUACACUUUCCGGUCCGUGGGCACAUUCAACGUCAUUGUGACAGCAGAGAACAAGAUCAGCUCAUUGCAGGACAGCAUCUAUGUCUAUGUCCUGGAGCAGAUUGAAGGCCUGCAGGUGGCCAGCAGUGACCUGGUGGAGGACGUCUAUUGCCCAACUAAUAAAACACUCCAUUUGCAGGCAGUGGUGAGAGAGGGAACAAACAUCUCUUACAGCUGGGUAGCCCAAAGGGAUGGCAAUGCUGUGCAGACCUUCACUGGGAAAACCUUCUCCUUGAGCGUCCUAGAAGCUGGAAACUACACUGUCUAUCUGAAAGCCACGAACAUGCUGGGAUGCGCAACUGCUAACAGGACACUGGAGUUCAUCGAAAGCAUUGGCUUUUUACAGCCUUAUGCCUUCCCUAACCCAGUUGCUAUUAAUGCCUCUGUUAACAUAAGUACCACCAUAACCAGUGGCACUGGCAUCACCUAUGUUUGGUACCUAGAGGACGGCUUCUCUCCUGUUACCUCUGAACCCUUUAUUAUACACUCCUUCCAAAGCCCUGGAGUGACAGAGGUCAUCAUUGGAGCAGAAAACAAGCUGGAUUCAACCAAUGCAACAAUUUACAUCUGUGUAGAGGAGGUCAUAGAGGGGCUGAGUAUAGGGACCGCAGAACUGGACUGUAGGUAUGUCUCAUCGGGCUCCACAGUGGUCUUUGAGGGGGAGCUGCAGAAAGGGACUGAAGUGACAUGGCUUUGGGAGGUGCCAAACGGCACAUUGACUGGCCAGUCUGUGGCAGUCAUGUUCCCCGCAGCAGGGGUUUAUACAGUCUAUCUGCAAGGACUGGAAGUUCUUGCCAGCAAGAAGGUGGUGGAACCAGGGGAACAGGUCACCUUUGUGAUCAGGAUGUUGUCGGGUACCGCUGUGAGUUACUUGGUGAGCAUAAGUGGGGACUACUCGGUGGUGCUCAACGGGUCCAAGUACACGCAUGAGUUCACCAAGAGCGGUGAUUAUUUGGUGACCGUGACAGUGCAGAACCAAAUCAGCAUCGCACAUGCUCAGGUGCUCAUCUCUAUCCUGGAGGCCAUCCGCGAUGUCAUGCUCCUGAACUGCUGUGAGGAGGGCAUACCCACAGGCACAGAGAAGAGCUUCAGUGCCCAGGUGGGAAGCGGCUCCCGUGUGUCAUUCUCCUGGCAGUUCUCCUUGUGGAAAGAGCAAGGUCGAUCUGUGGUCACUGUGGCAGGAGAGAGUGUUUCCUACACCCCAGAAGCUGCAGGGCUGCUUGAGAUUCACCUUAAUGCCUUCAAUGACUUGGGAGGUAUCAAUAUCACCAGAACCAUCCAGGUCCAAGACGCAAUAGUCCAAGUGUCCCUCACUGCCUCCAAUGCCUUUGUCAACAGGACAGCACUGUUCGAAGCAGCAGUGGUGCCCAGCAGCAGGAGCGUCGAGUUCCUGUGGACCUUUGGGGAUGGCUCCUCCACUCAAAUGACCAGGGUUGCAGUGGCCAACUAUUCUUACCUGAGCCCUGGGGAUUACCUGGUGGAGGUGAAUGCCACCAAUCUCAUCAGCUUCUUCAUAGCCCACCUCACUGUCACUGUCAAAGUCCUGGAGUGUGAGGAGCCAGAGGUGGAGUUAGCCUUGCCCCCUCAAGUGGUCAUGAAGCGGUCCCAGAGGAACUACCUAGAGGCACAGAUUGACCUCCGAGGGUGCAUCAAGUACCAGACGGAGCACCUUUGGGAGAUCUACCGAGCACCCAGCUGCAUGAACUUGGAUGACUCCAGCAGGAUCCGUCUGCCGAAUGUUGAUGUGAACAGGCCCCAGUUAGUUAUACCGAAGCUUGCCCUGGAAGUUGGGAACUAUUGCUUCAUCUUUAUUGUCUCCUUUGGAGAUACCCCACUGUCCAAAAGCAUCUUUGCCAAUGUAACUGUGAUACCAAGUAAGCUGGUCCCAAUCAUUGAUGGGGGGUCAUACCGGGUAUGGUCCAACACUCAGGACUUAAUCUUGGAUGGGGAGAAAUCCUAUGACCCGAACUUGGACGAUGGCGAACAGACUCCGUUGUUAUAUGAUUGGUCUUGUACAUUCUCCUCCAAGCAGAGCUCGGCUGCAGGGUGCUCUCUGAAUUUCAGUGCCAAGGAAGGAAUUGUCACAAUUUCCAAAGCUGUAUUAGAAGCAGAUGUGGAGUAUACGUUCGACCUCACCAUCAGGAAGGAGGGUAUGAGUCCCGAGGCAACAAAUCAAACCGUAUUCAUCAAGAGGGGGGGAGUCCCUAUCGUGUCCCUGGAGUGCGUUUCCUGCAAGGCUCAGUCUGUCUAUGAAGUUAGCAAGAGCUCCUAUGUCUACCUGGAGGGGACCUGCCAGAACUGCCACAACGACUCCAAGCUUGGGAGAUGGGCAGCGCACAGCUUUAAAAACAAGUCUCUCGUCCUGGACAAAAAAACUACCUCCACUGGUGACACAGGAAUGAACCUGGUCUUGAGGCAAGGGGCACUGAAGGAUGGCGAGGGCUACACUUUCACCCUUCACAUCACAGACCUCACGACAGGGGAGGAAGGAUUCGCCUCCAUCGACCUGCUCCCCAACCAGCCGCCUGUCGGAGGAUCCUGCCGGCUCUCUCCCAGGGGACCCCUCAGGGCGCUGAUGGCAAAGGUGCACUUUGAGUGUGCAGGCUGGCGAGACACAGAGGACGCGGAGGGCCCGCUGGUGUACAUCCUCCUGGCAUCCCGCCGCCGGGCCGGGCACUACCAUGAGUUCUGCGUGUACAAGGGCAGCCGUGCCGAGCACAGUGCCUUCCUGCCCCCGGGCUUCCACGAGAGUGGCUUCAUGGUGUCCGUGUCCGUCCUUGUUCAGGACCAGCUGGGAGCGACCGUCGUGGCCAUUAACCGCUCCAUGGAAAUUGGCUUACCGGAGGGGUUCCCCAGCCUCUCCCACUGGCUCUACAAUCAAACUGACACGGUGCUCCAGGGCUUAGUGAAACAAGGGGACCCUCAACAGGUCAUUGAGUACUCUCUGGCCCUCAUCACCAUCUUAAAUGAGUACGAGCGGUCCAUGCUUCUAGAACAGGAGACCGGGAAUGAAUUUGAGCUCCGGACCUGGACUCGCAACAAUAUCACAGAAACCCUGAACUCGCUGAAGGUGAACACAGUUGAUGAUAUCCAGCAGAUCUCAGCUGCCUUGGCACAGUGCACGGUGGUGAGCAAGGAGCUGGUUUGCAAGUCAUGCCUGACAAGGACCUUGAACAAGCUGGAGACCAUGAUGACCAUUCUGCAAGGGGAGACAACCCAGGGCACUGUGACACCAACUGGUAUCGCCGACAACAUCCUCAACAUCACAGGUGACCUAAUUCACCUUGUCAAUACGGUUUCACAAGAAUCCAAGCCCCAGGAACUGCUUUCUGAUUCCCACAAUUUGCUGCUAGCUCCCAAAGCCUACAACCUGUCCUCCAGCCUGAUGCGUAUCCUCAUGAAGUCUCGAGUGCUGAAUGAAGAGCCCCUUGAGCUGGUGGGAGGAGAAAUCAAGGCCACAGGCAAGCGGUCUGAUCCCUUUAACUUGCUUUGCUACGAAAACACACCAAACUGCCAGUUCUCCAUCCCCCAGGCGUUCAACACCACCCUUUCCAACCUGACGGAUGUCAUUCAAGUCAUGUUCCAAGUGGACUCCAAUCCUUUCCCUUUUGGUUACAUCAGCAACUACACCGUCUCCACAAAGGUCGCCUCCAUGGAGUUUCAGACGCACAACGGGGUGCAGAUCCCCAUUGGGAGCCUGGACUCAGAGAAAGCCAUCACCGUAAUGGUGUCAAACAACACAGAUGCUGACAAUCUCUCUGCUGGCACUGAAGUUGUCGAGGCAAGAACGUCUGUGAACCUGAUUGUGACUAUGGAGAGCAACAACAGAGAAGCAGGACUGCACUUCCAGCUCACUUACAGAGUCUUGAAUGAUCACUACAUUGCAAGCGAGCCUGAGCCAUUCAUCAUGGCUUAUCUCCAUCACGAACCAGAGCCCAAUGAGCACAACUGCAGUGCCUCUAAGAAAAUCGGCCUGGAUGCCCUGGCUGGAAGUGACCACAAGCUCUACACCUUCUUCACCUCACCCAGAACGGAUGAUGCUGUCCAGAAAUACUACUUCAACAUCACCAACCAUUUCAGCUGGUCUCCGGUGGAGGUGACUCUGGGGUUGUACACCUCCCUCUGCCAGUACUUCAGCGAGCAGGAGAAACGGUGGAAGACAGAAGGCAUCAUCCCGCUGGAAGAGACCAGGCCAGACCAGGCUGUGUGCUUAACCCAGCACCUCACUGCCUUUGGGGCCAGCCUGUUUGUCCCCCCAAACUCGGUCCAGUUCAUCUUUCCUGCUCCAGGCCCGGGUCUCAACUACAUCGUUCUGCUGACAUGUGCUGUCUGCUUUGUGACCUACUCGGUGGCUGCACUGAUUGUGCACAAGCUGGACAUGAUUGACAUUAACCGAGUGGGGGUGAUUCCCUUCUGCGGCAAGAAUGGGCUGUACAAAUACGAGAUCCUGGUGAAAACCGGCUGGGGCAGAGGGUCAGGUACCACAGCCCACGUGGGGAUUGCCCUGUAUGGCGUAGACAAUAAAAGCGGUCACAGACAUCUGGAUGGAGAAAACGCUUUCCACCGCAACAGCCUCGAUGUGUUUCAGAUUGCAACAGAGCGGAGUCUGGGGAGCAUCUGGCGCAUCCGCAUUUGGCAUGACAAUAAAGGACUCAGCCCCUCUUGGUACCUGCAGCAUGUCAUAGUCCGGGACCUGCAGAGCAGCAAGAGCUACUUCUUCCUGGUGAAUGACUGGCUUUCGGUGGAGAGUGAAGAGAACGAUGGCAUGGUGGAGAAGGAGGUUUAUGCUGCCAGUGAGACAGAGCUGAGGAGCUUCUCCCGGAUCUUCGUAGCGGAGUUGCAGCGAGGUUUCUUUGAGAAGCACGUCUGGCUGUCCAUGUGGGACCGUCCGCCUCGCAGCCGCUUCACCCGUGUCCAGAGAGCCACCUGCUGCUCCCUCCUCAUCUUCCUCUUCCUCUGUGCCAAUGCUGUGUGGUACGGUGUGGUGGGGAACGUACACCUCAGCCAUGGGGCCGUUUCCAACCUGAUCCCUGUUAAUGUGGACACAGUGGCUGUUGGUCUGGUGUCCAGUGUGGUGGUCUACCCUCUCUACCUGGUCAUUUUAUUUCUCUUCCGGAUGGCUCGUGGCAAGGUUUCCAUCAAACACACCCUGACUCAUUCAGACCAGCAGUCAUUGGAGAUCGACAACUACCUGGACUCCUCAAUCCUCGACAGCUCCUUCCCCGCCUUCCCUGGGCUCCGGGCAGAGGCCUUCUCUGAGCAAACCAAAACAGAUCUGUUCCUGGAGGACUCCAAAAGCCUCGUGCGGUGGCCCUCCAGCGAGGCCCUGCUCAGCUGGCCAGACCUCCUCAGUGACCCCUCCAUCAUGGGCAACACCAUCCAGAAGCUGAAGAGAGGCCGGGCCAGCCGCCACCUUGGACUCGAGGCCCCAUUGGCACCUGAAGAGGACAGCUUGUCGCUUGGCGUUCACCAGGGACAGCCUCGAUAUUUCUCUGCCUCAGAUGAGGAUCUGAUCCGGCAGAUCCUGGCAGAUGGAGCUAGUGGCAUCUCCCACUCCCAGGACCUAGGGCCGUACAUGAGGGCUGAAACAGAUCUGAUCUCAGGCCUGUCCAGCGUGUUCGGGGAGAAGGUGGAGACUGUCAUGAUGCAGAAGCUGAACGACAAAGGCCAGAGCCUGGCAGCUCCUCCCAGGGAAGUGAGCAGAUCCGCCAAGUCGACAUGGACAGUUGCAGACCAAACAUUCAGGAAGCGCUUGCUGCCACCCUGGUGCUCCUAUCUGGCUCAUGGUAUCAGUCUCCUCCUCUUCGCCACCUCCACAGGGGUCUCUGUGUGGAUCGGGGUGGGCUUUUCCUCCAGCGUUGCCCUCAUGUGGCUCAUCUCAGGGAUAUUCAGCUUUCUGGCAUCCUUCUUGGUCUGGGAGCCCCUGAAGGUUCUGCUGGAAGCCCUCUAUUUCUCACUGGUUGCCAAGCGCUUGCACCCAGAAGAAGACGAUACCUUGGUGGAGCAUCCGUUUGUUGACCAUGUUACUGAGAAGAUCAGCAAAGUCCGACCCCCACAGGGGUUUGCUCUUUUCCAGGCAAAGGAAGAGGCCCGGAAGGUCAAACUGCUGCACAGGAUGCUGAAGAAUUUCCUCAUCUACAUGAUGUUCUUGCUGGUGAUCCUGCUCACCAACUAUGGAGAUGCCUCCCGCAACAGCAGGGCCUUCCUUUUGCAGAGCUCCAUCAAGCAGCAGUUGGGCAGCAACGAAUUCCUCCGCAUCAAGAGGUCAGAUCAGUUCUGGGUCUGGAUGUCGCAGGUCUUCCUCCCAUACCUCUACAACAACCGGUCAGGUCAGGAGAGCUACAGCACCACGCUGGGGACAGCCCGGCUGCGCCAGCUCAGGCUGCAGGAAGCCGAGUGCCAGCACAGUGCCCGGGACAUCCUCCACAGCAUGGGCAUGGCUGCCAGGAGGAACUGCACCGACUCGCACAGCUUUUCUACUGCUGACUACGCAGCCGGCUGGGAAAGGGCGGCUGUGAACGUGACGGCUGCAUGGUCCUACUCACCACCCGACCUGACGGGGGUCUGGUACUGGGGUUACAUCUCCUUCUAUGAUAGUAGCGGUUAUGUCCAGGAGCUGGGGGCUUCGCUAGAGGAAAGCAGAGCUCAGCUGAAUUUCCUUCAGCAGCACACUUGGAUUGACAACAUGAGCCGGGCAGUCUUUGUGGAGCUGAUGCAGUAUAACCCCAGCGUGGACCUGCACGCUGCCAUCACCCUGCAGCUGGAGUUCCUGGGGGCUGGCCAGGCCAUCGCCGCUGUCUCCAUCAGCCCCUUCCCGCUGCUGCGGCUCAGCGGGGGCGUCACACUGCAGCUUCUCAUGAUGGUCUUCCUCAUGGUGUUUGUGGUCUACUUUGUGGUGUCUGAGUCACUGUCCAUCAAGAAGGAAGGCAGAGCCUACUUCACCCUGUGGGGCAAUUACGGCCAAUGGGUCUUCAUCCUCCUCACCACUUGCACCGUGGUGGUGCACCUCAGCCAAGCCACCCUUGCUGACCAGCAGUGGCUCAAGUACCUCAACAACCGCAAGGGUUUCACCAACUUCUACCAGGUGGCUUUUCUCAACACCGUCUUCAGCACCUUGGCUGCAUCCCUCCUCUUCCUCCUGACUGUGCAGGCUGCCCAGCAGCUGCGCUUCGUCAGGCAGUGGUCUGUGUUCGGGAAAACCUUUCAGAAGUCUGCAAAGGAGCUGCUGGCUGCGGGGCUGGCGUUCGCCGUCCUCAUCCUGGCCUAUGCUCAGCUCGGCUUCCUGCUCUUCUCCUCCUCCUCGGAGUCCUUCCGCAGUGUCAGCAGCAGCCUCCUGCUGCUCUUUGCCAUGCUGCGGGGCAGUGUGAGCCUCCGCCCCUGCCUGCCUGAGUCCUCGGGCCUCUACUACCUGUUCUGCACCAGCUACAUCAUCCUGGAGGUGUGGAUCGUGCUGAGGCUCUUCACCGUGGUGCUUAUCUACAGCUACCGGGAGAUGCACUUUGAGCUGUACCGCCCCGCCUUCGAGCCCCAGGACUACGAGAUGGUGGAGCUCUUCGUGCGCAGGCUGAAAAUGUGGAUGGGCUUCAGCAAAGCCAAGGAGUUCCGGCACAAGGUGAGGUUUGAGGGGAUGGAGCCGCUGCCGUCCCGAGACUCCAGUGACUCCAAGUCCUUCCGGGGCCCCACUCCCAGCGCAGCCUCUGACAGCUCCAGGGCCUCCACCUCCUCCAGCCAGCUGGACGGGCUGAGCCUCGUGCUGAGCACCCGGGAUAGCCUGGAAGUGGAUGCUGACAUCCAGCGCCUCCUUUCCCUCUUUGAGAUGCUGCUCGCCCAAUUUGACCGGGUCAACCAGGUGACGGAGGACGUGUACCGCAUCGAGCACCAGCUGGAGGGCUCUCAGAGCCGCCGCUCCAGGAGGAGGGACACCCAGAUGUCGGAGGACGUCCUGAGCAGGUACUGUGUGGGCAGCACAGAGCAGGGGCCCUUGCCCGAGAUCUCCUCCGACGCGGACCCGCUGCCCCUGCGGGACGCCCUGCUGUCCCCCCAGUCUCCUGCUGCCCCACCAGGCAGCCAGGGCUCUGUGCCCAGCCGGCUUCUUCGAGCUAGCAGAGGCAUCAGCGUGGCGGCUUCUGUGCUGCCCCCACACAAACCCUAUGCCGCCGUAGCUCCGGUGGUGAAGAAGAAACGGCCCCUCCGGGCCAAGAACAGGGUGCACCCCACAGUCAAGUAA